CAUUAGAUACGGUAUAUGAAUUACAAUCGAGUAAGCUCAUAACCAACAUACAUGUAGAUAAAAAGUUUUUGUCUCGCAUAUUGCAUCACAGGGCAACCCGUAACACGUAUGCACGCAUUAAAUCAAUAUAAAACACAAGGCAGCGAAAAAAGCGGUCGACAUUUGCGGUCAGUAGCCGGCGAUUGCUCGGCAAGGCGGUCAUUGUACAAUAUAUAUAAAAACAACUACAUCUGUCUUAAAGAAUCAAAAUCAAUAUAUCGACUCCCGCAGUACGAACGCCGUCCUACUGUUAAAUGUCCGACACAGAUGGUUGAAAGAAAGGAAUUUUAAAGUGCAGACGACCUGAGAAGACGACCAGAGAAAACAGCCACAACUUCAGCAGCGAUCCGCGCAUGUUGAUUGAAGACAUUGAUACCAUGUGUUGUGGGCAUGUUGUUGUUCAUUCAUUGUCAGACGAAUGACUCAACCUACUACUGACUGAGAACGGAACUAGUGACCGAGAAAGGCCGGAGGACGGUGAACUUCCGGAGGAUGUCGGUCUAAACUUUGGAUAGAUCAGUAUUGUUAUUGACGGGUGUUCAUCCAGUGUUAUCAUAAAACCUUAUCGAACGUUCCACUCAACAAGUUUUUAUAUAAAUGGGGAUUUUCCGAGUACGCCGAUAUCAGUUGUGAUACGAAUACUGAUUAGACAAAUGACAGUAAAGCGUGAACUAUUUCUAGACUACCCCGGGUUCAAAAGUACAGGGCGCGGUUCCAUGAAACCGCCCUUCUCUUUGAAACAUGGUAUCCGACAUGAGAUCUGAGAUUAAUCUAAAGAAAAAUUAUGGUGGAAGAUCGCGUCAACAUCGGAAGCGACACAUCCGAGUUGAUUUCAAGUGAGGAAGACAUUAUUGAGUUAAACCGUAUUGAUGUCAGUCAAAUGAAAAGAACUGACUCCGCGGAAGAAAUAUCAAAAACAGAAAUAAGAAAGGAAAAACCUUCCGAAUCUCUGUCUACAAAAAAGAUUCGAUGUUACCCUAGUGAAGCGGAAGUCGCAAAAGUGACCGAGGUUUUUCGAGAGAGACUGGUUUAUACGUUCAACCGGAAGAAAGCGAAGUACCAGAAGAUUUUGUCCGACUUAGGAGUAAAUGCGCAGUCGCACUGUGACGAUAUUGAAGACGAUUGCGAAGAUGCUACUGAAAUGAUCGUCAGUGAAUAUUAUCCGAAAGGGCGUAUCAUUCGGAACUCAUUUCGAUUCGGUGAAGACUAUAGUUUCCGAAGGCUUCUUAGGGGUAUGUACAAUUCGUUUGUCAGAAAGAAGGCAAUGAGAAUCACUAGACCACUGGACAACAUUCCGAAAGAAGAUUACGACAGUGUACUGCAAGCCGCGUCCUCAGAGCUCUCUGUCGCGUAUGAAUAUCAGCUUGCAAUGCUUGCUGACGAGACUCAGGUGAACCGGGUGGCGGAUCAUGCAGUUCGCUGUAUGAUGAAAUAUCUUAAAUCAGAGGAGUCUGUGUUUAACCCAACUGAGCUGUUACAAGCGGUGAUAGAGGACACCCCUAGAUGUUCCAUCAAGUAUUUUGACAGAGAACUCAAAACCAAAAUAGUGAAAACGGACAAUUUUGGAAUGCGAGUCGAUCAAAAAUGGCGGCUUUACGAUAUUCUUAAACAGCCGGGCAUUCGUAUAAUAAACAUGCAGACUGGUUCGUACCAGUAUUUCGGUUGUUUCACUCCAUUUGGAUUUAGCUGCCGUCCGAACAAAUACGGCUUCCGGGGACCUUUACACGUGUGGAACGAAACGGAAAAAAAAUAUACAUUGGUUCCGAACGACAUGACGUCAUGUGUUUCGACAAAGCGAAGGGAGAUAACUUUUAAUCCUAAGAAUGUGCACCAUAGUUACAAUCCGACGCUUUCUUGUUGCCAUGAGAACACGGAUUGUAACUAGCGUCAGUAAUCAAACCAUAACGGAAAAAAUCUACUGUUGAGACAACUCCGUCAAUGGAAUCCAUUAAUCAUCAUGUGCAACAGCUACAAUCUAAUUAAAAUCAGACUUCUUAGAUCCGCGCCGUAUACUCUGCGUAAGAAUUAGCGAUUGUGAGCGUAUCUUAGGAUCUGAUUUUAAUUAGAUUGGCAACAGCUACUGAGAUUGUUUGUAUCUAGUCAGUUUAAUUUUUGUUUUUGUUGUGUUUGUUCAAUGUUUACAUUAAAUUUCUGAUAAAUUUGAUAACAAUAUAUCUU